AUGGCAGUCACGUUGCAUACAGAUAUAGGAGAUAUAAAACUUGAGUUGUUCUGUGAACAAUGUCCAAAGGCGUGUGAAAAUUUCUUAGCUCUGUGUGCUAGCGAUUAUUACAAUGGCUGCUUAUUUCAUAGGAAUAUUAAGGGCUUUAUAGUACAGACAGGAGAUCCUACAGGAACUGGCAAAGGAGGUACAUCAAUAUGGGGGAGAAAAUUUGAAGAUGAAUUCAAAGAAGAACUAAAGCAUAGUGCAAGGGGAAUGGUCAGUAUGGCUAACAAUGGCCCAAAUACAAAUGGUAGUCAAUUUUUCUUUACAUAUGCUGAACAGCCUCACUUGGACCUUAAAUAUACUGUAUUUGGAAGGAUAAUAGAUGGAUUUGAAACACUCGAUGAUUUAGAAAAAAUGCAAGUUAACCCCAAAACUUUCAGGCCACAUAAUGAGGCAAGAAUAACAUCAGUAACUAUUCAUGCUAAUCCUUUAGCUGGUUAA